AUGGGCUUCUUUAUCGCGACGUCCUGCAACGAAAAUCUUAUGCAGUUGUGUAAGCCGUGCGCUAGAAGCUAGAUGGGAUUCGCUCGUGUUGUCUUUGUUAACAGCUAGCACUGAUCAUGUGGAUAAUUCAAGCAGCUCUGCUAGUACUGACGGUCUUCGUGGCAGGCAGUGGACAUGAGGUGCCUACGAUGUCUCUUCUUACCAGAAAAGGUAAACGUUGGCCAGAGUUGUCUAAACACCCGCAGCGGUUCGGCUCUUCGAGCCCCUUUCAGCAGCCAUCAGUCAUCUCAAUCAGGGAUCCAGAUGUAGCAAUGGAUCUCUUCUCUGUAACGGGUAUACAUAAGAAAGGAGCAAGAAAAGACGUAGACAAAUUGUUAGACCGAAAUGAGCUGUUCAGAAGUGUUGGCCAUUUGCCAUCAGAGAACAAGAAAAAGAAUCCAGUUCGCCAUCAUCGACGUAAAGCCGACCGUCACCAUAUUUUUCUUCAAGACCAGUCGGCAUUCGAAAGUGAAACAGAAGACUAUCGGGGGGUUUCGAGUAACAACAUGGAAGGUCCUGGAAGCACGCCAUCCCAGCGUUCAGCGGACGAUUACGAAGACCUUACAAAAUCUAGAAAUGAAAUAACAGAAGAAUUGGCCACAGUGACUUCAGAACCCGUACAUCCCAACCGAUGCAAAGGCUCAGGGAAUAGCAAGGAUUCUAACUGCACAUCGGAGCGGAAUCAUUUUCCGUCCUCCGUCUUGAUGAUCGAAGCUCAUUAUAAUCAGACGGUACGGGACUUUUGCAGAUCUGUACACCUGUGGAAAGAGUAGAAAUCAGUGGUGUCGACGAUGUUCAAAUGCUUCUCAACGCCCUUUUCGAGCAAAUGACGGUUAAAGACAAGAGUAUGAAAGCCUCCAGCAUUGUUUUGCUCUUCAAUCUAGAACAUUACGCUAAUUGGACAAAAGAAGACGUCAUCGAGGUUCUGCAAGCCUCUGUCACUGCGCUUCGUAACGGCUUCAGCGACAUGAUGAUUUACAGCAAAUUCCAUCAAGACGGGGCCGAUUUCAACGACACCCACCUCACUCUAACUUACGACGUCAAGUAUUGGUUGUCAGAACUUUGUAAUCAGAGGCUGACGCCAUGUGCCGAUUUCGCCUCCAUCAUCCUCGAGUCGGUCUUGCAAAUGAAUCAAAUUGAACAAGAAGAAGCUGAUAACGACGUCUCAUCUGAUGUAAAGGAUUCCUUAGACGAUGCAUCAUCCCAAGCUAAUGCAUGGUGCCAGCAACUUGGAUUGGGCCCCGGCUCACGGAUCGUCGAUGUAAGAGCAUUGCUUCUGAAGCCUACGGGUGGCUACCACAGGGAAGAAACGAGCUUGGUAUUGGGGGACAUUCUACCAAAAAAUUCCAAAUCCUAUGACAAAAACAGAGCCCCAAAGUUUUUCGGCCAACCCACAAUAGUCUAUUUUCACGUCACCGUCUUAUCCAUCGACACGAUCAACGAAGAAUCUAUGACGUAUGUGGCAGACAUUUUCCUCGCACAGAGUUGGAGAGAUCAUCGUCUGCGGCUACCGGAGGAUAUGACAGAAGAAUACCGUAUCCUUGAUGUUGGUUGGCUCCAAAACAUUUGGCGACCUGACUGUUUUUUCAAAAAUGCAAAAAAAGUCACUUUUCACGAAAUGAGCGUGCCUAAUCAUUAUCUCUGGUUGUACCACGACAAAACGCUGAUUUACAUGGCCAAGUUGACACUAGUCUUAUCCUGCGCUAUGAAAUUUGAAAAUUAUCCGCACGACACGCAAGUUUGUUCAAUGCAGAUCGAAAGCCUGUCCCACACCACCCACGAUCUAGUAUUCAAAUGGAACUUCACAGAUCCUCUGGUUACCAAUCCUGAUAUCGAGCUGCCCCAACUGGAUAUCGCAAAGAACACCACGGAAGACUGCACGCUCGAGUACUCCACCGGCAAUUUCACCUGCCUAGCCGUGGUAUUCAACCUACGUCGCCGACUGGGUUAUCAUCUGUUCCACACAUAUAUUCCAUCAGGGCUAAUCGUCGUUAUGUCUUGGAUUUCCUUCUGGAUCAAACCGGAGGCCAUUCCUGCCAGAGCUACGUUAGGCGUUACUUCACUGCUGACUCUGUCCACGCAGAGUACGCAAUCGCAGAGAUCUCUGCCCCCUGUUUCCUACGUCAAGGCAAUUGAUGUUUGGAUGUCUUCCUGCACUGUUUUCGUCUUCAUGUCUCUAAUGGAAUUUGCAGUCGUUAACAGUUUUAUGGGACCGGUGGCAACCAAGCCGAUGAAGGGAUACUCCGAAGAAGACUUGUCCAUCCAUCGACCUUCAGGUUACAACGGAACUAACUCGUCUCUUCGCUUGAGAGGGAAACCGUCAAGUCCGGCUCGAGGGCCGCCACCGCCUCCGCCUGGGCCUCAGUACGUUACCUUUUGUAACGGCCGCGAAGUGGCCUUAUUUAUUGACCAAUGGUCGCGUCUCUUUUUCCCAAUCGCAUUCAUCAUUCUCAACUUGGUCUACUGGAUAACGUUUUUGCACUGAAUAUUUCUGUUGUUUUACCUACUGCUGUUAUGCGUGCAAUUCAAUUUACGCUGCUGACAGUAACCUAGUUCAUCGUUGUGUUCCUUCUGCUGUGCAGCGUAGACUGAAAACCGAGAAAGAUCGAGAAUAUCAUAACUUGUGAAAUACACAAUGAAAACUUUUAA